CCGUACGUGCGCAUACGCGUUGGGCGGCGCUAACGGUCAAUUAAAAUAUUCACUGAUUUUAAUCAUAUUCAUACUUAUGCCGUUCAUUGAAAAAUAAUGCGAUACAUAAUACAGUAAAAUAUUGAUUAAUGCAAUUAUUUAUGUGAAUAAAACAAAAGUAUGAUAAAGCUUUAAAAUAGUUUAACCGUAGUGUCCGAGUGAAAGUGUGUAGUGAUAGUGAUAUGAACGUAUAUAAAGUGUUAUGUGAUAAUCCUGUGCAUACUCAAAUAUUUAUAGACAUUAAAAGGAUGUACCUAUCAAUAGAAACCACGAUUGUAUCAAAAUGCAUUCCGUAAUAAGUUGUCGUGCCGCGCCACCGGACGAUGCACGUGUUUUUAUUUUCAUUUAUAAAUAGUCCAGACAUAAACCGACAUUCUACGGCUGCAGUAUGACGUCACUAAAAGAGAAUAGUGACGUCACUGACGCCGGUAACGUGGAAGAAGAGAAGAGUAGUAAAGUUGAACGAAAAGAGCCGAAAGAGUUGGCCGAACUGCCGCCGAGUGGCACCUCGCUGCAUAAGAGACGUAGAGGGGAACCGCCUGCUUCACUAUCUGUCAGAUCUCCUCAAAAUUCUGACCCUGAAGGUUCUUCUCCCUGCACAGCAGGUCCAUCCCCUCCAGAGGAAUACUGGUCGCCCAACGAUGUGGAACUUGCAGAUCCUGAAACAAUAUGCGAGACCAUGCUGCAAAGGCUACGAGAUCAGAAUGAUGCCAUUUCCAAGCGAGGCAAAGAAGUGGCUGAGAAAACGAAAGACACUAUUGAGGCUCUGGAUCAGUUAGAAAAGCUGCUAGAACUGCUAGACCAGCUGGUGACCUUAAAAGAACAUAACACACGUCUUUUGAAAAGGUUGAAAGACGUGAACCACUUGAAGAGACUCCACAGUGCCCAUAAGAGGAUAGACAGUGAAAAUGAAAAGUUGAGGUCUGAGAGCAAAGAGUUGGAACUGAUAAAUGAAGCUUUGGAUGCUGAGUUUGAGAGUGAAUAUGGCCAAUUGCUCUUUGGCUCAGUUAUGGGCAAUAGGAGCAUGAAAAGGUCAGGAUCUAAAUGGAAAGGUAACGCCAGGUUUGGAGGAUCGCUGCUGAGGAAGCAAAGAUCCAGGUCGGCAGGAGGGGAUGACAGUGAUGUGGCUCCUGGCACUCCUUUGCGAAGGAGAUCCGAAGGCAUUUUCAUGAAAGAAGUGGAGAAGUCUAAAGUUUCAAAAUGGACAAGAGUUAAAGCUGCAUUUAGAUGGGAAAAAGCCCAAUGGCCUCAAUCAGCGAUGGGUGGUGCAGCCGGAGCCGUGGCAGCUGGAGCCAUGGUAGGAGCUGUUGCCUUGGCAGGAUCCUCUCCAUCAUCGGCUACCCUUGCCAACCCUGAACCUCGCGACUCCGCCAGUUUGACACCUGGCAGCGCACUGUCCCUGACUCCUAACUCUUCGUGUGAAGAGCUGAGGGUUGAUUCUGGUAUGCGCAAGAGUGUGCGGGAGGAUGGCGACAACACAUUCCUGCAAGCUCCUACGCAGGAUGACAGUUCCACCUCACCAUCUCCGAACAAACUCCACAAGACAACUUGGAGUAAGAUGAAGGAUAUCAUCCAGCAAACUCGCAAGGAGUCUGUCAAAAAGAAGACCACUUCAACUUCAAAUCGAGGGUCCAAGAGUUCUCCUGACGUGGUGCCCAAGAGACGAAGAUCGCUCAGUGAUGGAGGAGACAGCGAUGCCCCACCAGCUCUGACGCUGACCAUCCCGUCUUCUGAAGAACUGGGACUAUGCCUGCCAGGACAGCGCCUGAACUGGGACAGCGCCCAAACCACGGUAAUACGUGAACCAGGACUAUGCCUGCCAGGACAGCGCCUGAACUGGGACAGCGCCCAAACCACGGUAAUACGUGAACCAGGACUAUGCCUGCCAGGACAGCGCCUGAACUGGGACAGCGCCCAAACCACGGUAAUACGUGAACCAGGACUAUGCCUGCCAGGACAGCGCCUGAACUGGGACAGCGCCCAAACCACGGUAAUACGUGAACCAGGACUAUGCCUGCCAGGACAGCGCCUGAGUUGCAACAGCGACCAUGCCGCCACCGGGAUACACUCCUGCUGCAACUUGACACUCCGAGUGCCCUGCCUUCCAGGACCUCUUGAGCUUGCUGACACUUAG